AUCCAUGUGCGGGGCCGUACGACUUGAGAGUUUUGAUUCACGCGUGUUGCAAGCCGUCAGUUCUGUCCGUUCUAAUUCAUAUUUCUUUAAUACUACUGUUGUGUUAUGUGCACGUUUUAUUAUUUCUAGUGCAACAAUUAAAGUGAUGAACAAAUCUACAAUUAAAAAACUGUUGUAGUUGUUAUUUAAUUUUUGAUAACACAUAAGAAUCUCCACAUAUUGUGAAAAGGUCGAGGCCGAAUGUUUGGUAUUCGAUCGGCAUUGUUGAUGAACUGAUGAUAGAUUAAUUUUUUGCUUUUCUACAUAUUUCAAUCAUACUCUAAUCACCAUUUCAAACGUAUAAUAAAUGUUGAAACUAGCUUGAACAAUUAAUAUUAAUGUUAAUACUGCUGUAGUAACAUGGAAACUUUAAACUUCCAAGAUGAAGAACAAUUUUCAGAAUUUCCAUUUCAAUUUGAUGAGGAUCUUUUUGAUAGAGAUCUCUCAAAUAUUUUUGAGAAUGAAAUUUCUAAAAUGUUAGGAAAUGAUUUAAGUUUGGCUAAUUAUGAUCAAAAUAAUACAUGUCUUGAAGCAGAGCAAGCACUUGAUGAAAACCAAUUCUUCACACCUAUAGUUGAAAAUGCUGCUCAGAAAAACAGUUCAAAAGAAGAUUUCAUUAAAACUCUCAGUGACUGGACAGAACACCUUAACUGUUUAGAACCAACUGAUGAAGAACUACAACCAUCUCAAUUUAACAUACAAUUAGAUGAAAAUUUGCUUGCUGAUGUUUUUGGUAACAUAACAACACCUUUGAGUGAUACUCCUUUUAGUCCUAUAAAUCAAACAUUACAAGAAUCUACAGAAAAUAACUUGUAUGCAAGUUUUACCCAAGAUUUUGGAGACAUAACAAAAAUAAAUAUUCUUAAUGAUAAUUUAGAAGUGGAUAACAAUGAUGGAAAAUUGAGUUUUUAUAAUCAAACAGAUAAUGGUCUACAAGAAACGAAAAACAUAGAAAAUUUCAAUAAUUUUAAAGUUAAUAAUAGUGAAAAAAUUGAAUCAGAUCAUAGUGAAAUUGAAAUAGAUGUUGUAGGAAUAGAUUCUGUUGAGGAAUUGAAUUCCUCUUCAGUAAUUUUAGAUGAGAAAAGUCAGCAUAGCCUAACAAAAUCUGAAACCAAAAAUCGAAAAUAUAAUUCUACAUUAUUAGGUAAUAAUGUUAUUCUUAUUAAACAAGAACACAACAGUCAAAAAGAUAAAAAGAAGCCACCAAAUAUAGGAGUUGAUCAAAAACCAGAAGAAACCCUUUCAUCCAGAAAUGAUUCAAAAAGUUUAAGAGACAAUAAGAAUCUAUUGAAAAAGCAAAAAAAUCCAAUCUCUAAUGGAAAAAAUAAGUGUGAAAAAGUGUUGAUAGAGAAUCCAAAAAAAGGCAAAAAAAAACCAUCGAAAGAGGCCAAACUCGAAAAUUCAGAAGAAAAAUCAGUGGUUCUACAUGCUACUAACGUUGCAAGUUUAUUGGAGCAAUUUGAGGCAACUGAAACUGCUGCUAUGACAAAUAUGGAUGACGGAAACUGUACUAAUAAUAAACUCAUGAACAGAGAAAAUUGCAAUUCAAAAGCUAUUCAAAAUAAAAAAAUUAAAAAGUCUAAAAAUUUUUAUGAAGUUUCACCAGAAGAAAUUGUCAGUAAAAUAAAGGCUUCUGAAAAUCAAAAAAGUAAGAAAAAAAUUGCUAUUAUACCUGCAAUACCCUUGAAAAAAGAAGAUUCUAAACGUGUUGAAAUUAAGAAAAGAGAGCCUAAAAGUUUAAAAUCUCAAAACAAAUCAAAAAAUAAGGUUUCUGAAGAACUCCAGCAUCUGAGUCCAUGUGAUUCAAAUAUAGAUGUACCAAUAUUUUUUGAUCAUGAUUACUGUGCCACCCAAAACAUAAAAUUCAAAAAAUGUUGCAAAAGUAAUAGUAAUGUAAUAGACUGUUGUGGAAAUGACACCAAAAAUUCGAAAAACGACACCAUUAAAAGCAGCAAAAGUGUGAAUGAUAAAAUGGAGCAAAUGAAUUGUUCCCAAAAAUCGUCUACAUUUGUUAGAAAACAGAAGUGUAAGCUCGUUGAUAGUAAAAGUAACAGUCUUCAUGAUGGUAUGCAUAAGAAAGAAAAUAUAGGUAGCAAUGAGAAAUUAAAUGAAACGAUAACUCCUGCUAAUGAAACUUCUUUAAAGCAACCAACCCAUAUAUUUCCAUCGAGUAAUAAAAGUGAAUGUCAGAGUAAAUCAUCUCUGAAUAAAACAGUAGUAAAAACACCAAUGAACGAAACAAAAACAGAUUCGAUUUUAGCUGAGAAAGUUGUAACACAUAAAGGCCCACAUGAUAAAUCAUAUAAUUCUAUGUUCAAUCCUAAUCAGCAAUUGGUUUCAGUGUUAAAAAGGCCUCCAACUGCGUCUACACCAAACUUUCUAGUUAAAAAUGAGUCCAUUAUUACUACUACUAAUAGUUCUAAUGAUAGAGUAAAAAAUAUUAUAGUUCAAAACUUGAAAUCUGAAUUAUCAGAAAAAGUACCACAACGAAAAAAAUUAAAUCUAGCUGAAUAUCGAAGUAGAAAAGGAACACAUAAAAUUGUUUACAAAAUAGAAAAAUCACCGGUUUCACUUGUUCAUGAUCCAAGUUAUAUCAGUUGUGAAAAAUCUAUUAAUUCGAAUACUAGUACUGGUAUUGAUAAUGAAAAGUCCGGAGCAUCUGUUAUUGAUAAAGGCCUUCAAAAGUUAGGUGCACCUAUUGGAAAUACUCAUAAUCAUAAGAUCAAUAGUUUGAUAUCUGAAGCAAAACUAAAUGAAAAUGUGCAAGUAAAAGUUAAACUAGAAUAUACAGGAGAAAAAAAUCAGUCAAUAAGUUCUAAAUUAGUUGAAAAACAAGAUAGUGUAGAAAAGCUUACCAAGAAAAUAGCUAUGAAAAUUGAACCCAUUGAAGAAGGUGAAAUAGAAGAUUCAGAACAAUCAGAUCAAAAUGAAGUUAAACCUGUUCUAUCUAUUAAAAGUGAAAAUCAAAAGUGUAUUGGAAGCAUCAAAGAGAAAUUGAAUGAUGCAAGAGUAGUUAUUGAAAAUGAUGAUUUAAGGAUAGAAAAUGCAAAAAAACCUCUUGCUGGCUCAACAUCAAGUCGAGAUCGUAAAAUGCGCCGUUACAGAAAAAAGUAUCGUGACUCCUCAGAAUCCUCUUUAUCAAGAAGUCGCAGUAGAAGUCGUUCAUCUCGUCGUUCUAAUUCGGCUCGCAGUAGUAGGAAUCCUCGUCGUCAAAGUCAUAGUGAGCGAAGUCAUAGAGAUCGCAGCUGUAGUUAUGGAAGCCGUAGCACCCGCAGCCGAAGUAGAAGCUACGAGUACAGAUAUAGAUCGCAUAGUCGACGCUCUCGUAGCCGUGUAAAAAGAAAUAAACGAAUAAGCCGUCGAAGAAGCUCUGUUAGUUCUAGAAGUAGCUGGUCAUCUAGAUCUUGGUCACGGUCUAGAUCUAGGUACAGAUCGUCCAGUUCAUAUUCAAGAAGCUCACAAUCGACGUCUAGAUCAAAAUCAAGGUUGAGAUCGAGGUCAAGGUCAAGGUCUCGGUCAAGAUCAUGGAAAUCAAGAUCUAGAUCACCAAUACGUCGUUUUUCUCGUCGAUCAAGUUACUCACGAUCACCGAUAUCACAAUAUAGACGACCAAAUGAAAAAUGGUACAACAAUGAAAAACAGCGCCAAAUUGAAGAACGAAGAGUUGUUUAUGUCGGUCAGCUAGAAGAUAAUGUAACUAAAGAUGACUUACGGAAAAGAUUCGAAGUUUUUGGGAGUGUGAUUGAUCUAAGUCUUCAUUUUCGUGACCAUGGGCACAAUUAUGGCUUUGUUACUUAUGCAUACAAAGAUGAUGCGUACAAGGCUGUUGAACACGGUAAUGAUGACCCUAAAUUGCCUAGAUACGAUUUGUGUUUUGGAGGUCGUAGACAAUUUUGCAAACAAAAGUACGCUGAUCUCGAUGGAGCCGCAACGAAUUCAUAUUAUAAUAAUGGUAGAGGAGAAAAUGUGUAUAAACCUCCGCAUCAAGAAAACUCUUUUGAUUUGCUGUUGAAAGAAGCAAAAGAAAAACAGCGCAAAAGAAAAGUUUGACAUUUAAACUUCUUUUUAAUCAUAUUUAUAAGGAACAGUUCAAUUCAAUCUUUAAAAUCAAUAAUUAUGUUUAAUCGAUUAAAAUUCGUAGAAUCAUGCCUUGGCAAUGUUGAUAAAAAUUUAAUCAUUUAAAAUUAUGCAAUGCAUUCAAAAAUCAGUUAUAAAUGAAAAUGGUUGAAUUAUGGCUUCAUAGAUCGAUCCAUCAAUUCAUGAAUCAAUAAACUGGUUUUUAAAUACGAAGUUUUUUUACGAAAAAUUUUAUAUUUUUUUGAGCUGUUCUGUUUUGUUUUAUAAUUGAGAUUGAAUUGGGUAUAUAUUUUAAUACACAAAAUCUAUUAACCAAAUGACUAGUACGUCGUUUUAAACGUAUUUUCUCUUUGCAUAUUAUUAGAAACAAAUAAGAAAAAAAGAUAUUGAGAAAUAAUUUUGACUUUGAUGAAAAUUACUGUGUAUUUAUUCAACUUGAAA